AUGCAGGGUCUGUUUGAGUGGUUGAAGUCUGCGGAGCUGAGGUCUACUGAGGAGUUCAUGGUAGGAACUGACCUGGAAUCAGUUAAAGAGCAGCUGUGUGAUCUCAAGGAAUUCAAGCGAGAACUUUACCAAAAGAAGAUCGAAAUAGAAAGCCUGAACCAUCGCUUUGUGUGCCGACUGUCUCCAGGCUCUGAGCGUCCCGGCUCAGUCUCGCCGCUGUGUGACUUCAGAAUGCGCUGGGACAGCCUGGAGUCCGAGACGGUCAACAGACAGCAUCAGCUGGAGUGUGCUCUGUUGGGUCUGGGUCAGUUCCAGAACACUCUGGACGAGCUGCACACGUGGCUUUCUCGUACAGCGGACCAACUGCAGGGCAGCCAGCCAAUCAGCAUUGAUCUGCAGACCUGUGAAAUAGAGCUGGCUAAACACAAGGUCUUGCGUAACGACGUCAUGUCCCAUGUUCGCACGGUGGAGUCACUGAACCAGGCUGGCAGGGGGCUGCUGGAGGUCGGGUUAGGGGACAGUCCACACGGUCUGCAGUCUCGGCUUGAGCAGCUCAAUGAGAGCUGGGAGUUUGUUCGCUGCGAGACUGAACGCAGGCAGCUGGAACUGGAGAACAGACAGAGUCAGGUCCAAGAUGUUACAAUGGAGAUUCAGGAUCUCCUGCAGUGGCUGGAGAACACAGAUCUCAGACUGUCCUCCUCCAAGACCAUGUGGGGAAUGCCAGACUCUGCCAGUGAAAGGCUCAGUGCACACUUGGAGUUGUGCAAUGAGACGGAGUCGAAGCUCCACGCCUUCACAGAUGUGAAGAAUGCCGUCCACAGGAUGCUGGAGAGCAGCGAUGUUGUGCAGGGGUCGAGCACCGAACACAGCCUCUCUAUUCUUGAACAGAAAUGGGCAUCUGUCUACAGCAAAGUCCAGGAGCGAAAGGCGAAGCUUACAGAGGGUUUGGGUCUGGCCAAAGAGUUCCACAGCAACGUCCAGGAGCUUCUCACUAAGAUGAGCAAAUGUGAAGAGUCCAUCGGGCUUCUUCCUUCUCCCAGCCUUGUCCUGGACACCGUUUGUUCUCAGCUGCAGGAUCACAGAACCCUGUUGAAUGAGGUGAGCUGUUACGAUGAGAAGAAGACCACAGUAGAGAACACAGGCUGCAGACUAAAUGAACUGAGCAGGAAGGAAGACUGUGACCUCAUACAUAACCUGAUAAUGACCGUCCAGGAUCGCUACAAAAAGCUCCAGCAGCGUACCUCAGACAGAGGCAGGAUGCUGGAGGAGGUCAAAAAGAGCGCCAAGCGGUUCAGAGAAUCCUGGCGCCUUCUACUGGACUGGAUGACUGAAGUUGAACAGACAUUGGACACACAUAAAGAGAUCGCAGUGUCCCAUGAGGAGAUUAAACAACAGCUGACUGAGCAGAAGGAGUUCCAGAAACUGCUGAGGUCAAAGAGGCCCAUGUACGAGGCCACGCUGAAGAGCGGUCGCAGCCUCCAUGAACGAGCUAAGACGAGCCAUGACAGACAGCAUCUGGAAAACCUGCUGGCUGAACUGAAAGACACGUGGGACACCAUCAGCGGCAAGUCUAUGGAGAGGCAACACAAGCUGGAGGAGGCUCUGCUGUUCUCAGGCAGAUUCACUGAUGCUCUCCAGGCACUCAAUGACUGGUUGUAUAGAGCUGAGCCCCAACUGGCUGAGGAUGUUCCUGUUGGUGGAGACAAAGACCUUGUCAAUAAUCUGAUAGACAAACACAAGGCGUUCCAAAAGGAGUUAGGGAAGCGGGCCGGAUGCAUUAAGACCCUGAAGCGCUCUGUGAGGGAUCUGACCAGGAGCAGCACAGCUGAUGCUCACUGGCUCCAGGAGCAGAUGGAUGAACUGGGGGGCCGCUGGGAGGCCGUGUGUAAGCUGUCAGUCAGCAAACAGGACAGAUUGGAAGCUUCACAUCAGCAGGCUGAGAAGUUUGACGGCCUUGUCCACUCUUUCAUGGAGCGCCUGACUGAGGCAGAGAGGGUAUUGAAAUACGGAGUUAUACCUGAGGAGGAGGAGAUCUUACUUGCCUUCCGCAAACAGCACGAGGAGUCAGUGAGUUCUCUGCAGUCUCAGGCUGUGGAGCUGCAGAACAUCCAGUGUCUGGGUGAGGAGAUCCUGGCAUCCUGUCACCCAGACUCUGUCAUCACAAUCAAAUCCUGGAUCAGUGUCACCAAAACACGCUAUGAGGAGGUUCAAACCUGGGCUCAGCAGCAGGGCCAGAAGAUCCACGGCAGCUUGGCGGUGCUGGAGGCGGAGAGAGAGGAAGUCCAGAGACUUCUCGACUGGAUUUCCUCCGCACAGGAAGCCCUCAACCUCAGAGACCAAGAGCCUCUGCCUGAGGCCACAGAACAGAACCUGGAACUCAUCGAGCAACACACAGUAUUCAUGGAUGAGUUGGAUAAAAAGUUUCCAGAGGUUGAACACGCCACAAAAUCCUGCAAACUCAAGAGUAUUCCUAAGCAGCUAGUGUCUCCCAGCAAAAGGCCCCUCACAAAGAGGAGGAGCACUCUGAAGCUGCAGCCUGUUGUACCGGUUCCCCUGGAGCACCUCGACCCCCAGACCCCAGAGCUCAGUCAGCUGGUCGGUCAGUGGCAGAGGCUUUGGCUCCAGGCUGUGGCGAGACAAAGCCGUCUGCAACAACACCAGCAAACACUCAAAGAGAUGGAAGAAUUUGCUCACUUUGACUUCAACAUGUGGCGAAAGCGUUACAUGAUGUGGAUAAGUCAUUUGAAGUCGCGCAUCUUAGACGUGUUCCGCUGCAUCGACCGCGACCAGGAUGGACGCAUCAGCCAGAAGGAGUUAAUCGACUACGUCCUCGCCUCAAAGUUCCCCACCAACUCUCUGGAGAUGAAUGCAGUGGCAACCAUCUUUGACGUGAACAGUGACGGCUUCAUCGAUUACUACGAGUUUGUGAGUGCACUACAUCCCAGCAGAGAUCCCUACAGGAAAACACUGGAUGCAGAUCAAAUCAAUGAAGAGGUGAGUCGACAGGUGUCACAGUGCAACUGUCCCAGGAGGUUCGAAGUGGAGCAAAUAAGUGCCAAUAGAUACAGGUUUGGAGAUUCCCAGCAGCUGCGGAUGGUUCGAAUCCUGCGCAGCACGUUGAUGGUGAGAGUGGGAGGAGGCUGGACCGCUUUAGAUGAGUUCCUGGUGAAGAACGACCCCUGCAGAGUGAAAGGUCGGACUAACAUGAAGAUCAAGGAGAAGUACUUGUCUCCUGCAGGAAGCAGAGCCAAGGGUUUGACUGUCAGCAGGUCCAACUCCAGCCUCAGCCUCUACAGCAGUGCCUCUGCCCCCACCAGCCCCAUGACACGCAAGCUUGUAAUCUUUGGGCAAGGGGCUACUGUUACUUUCUGA